AUGGACCCAUAUAGACCUAAUCAAUAUGGUUUUAGACCACCACAACAAGCUUAUGGACAACCACCACCACAACAGCAACAAAACCGUUUCCCUCCACCUGCUCAAGGUAUGAGACCCCCUCCAUUUGGACAACCACAAUUUAUGCCUCGACCUCCUGUCAACAAUGCUGCUGCACCUCCUACCUCUUCAGCUUCAGCAGAUACAGGCAACGGGAAAUUAACCACCUUAUUUGUGGGUGCUAUUGCUGCUGGUGUCAGUGACGACUGGAUUGUCAAAUUACUCGAGACUUGUGGUAAGCUCAUGCAUUGGAAACGUACAAAGGAUGCCUCAGGCAACCCCAAGGGCUUUGGAUUCGCCACGUACGCCGAUCCCGACAGUGUUUUAUGCGCUUUACGUGUCUUGGGUGGUGAGAGCACAGAGGGUGUGACAUUAAAAGCCAUGGACGGCAGUGGAGUAGAAAAGAAACUGAUUGUAAAAGCAGACGAUACCGUGCGUAACUACCUGGAAUCAUACACCCAUUCUAAACAACAAGUGAGUACUGCCACACAGGAUCAAGAAAAAUAUGCAACUGUCGAAAAAUAUGUACACGCCAUCGCCACAGGUCAAGAGCCUAAUGAUGCCGACGCCAUUAAUAAAGAAUUAGCAUUUUUUAAAGAACGAGCUGUACAGAAAGACCAGCAACAGCAGCAACAACAACAACAACAGCAGCAGCAGCAACAGCAACAACAACAGAGACCUGCUGUGACGAAUGCAAGACCUGAUUAUCGUCGCAGAGACUUUCAAAAGGGACCUACAGAAUACCAAUCGCAACAAGAUUUGAUUACAGAUGAGGAAUUAGAGCGAAAGCGAAAAGAGAAACAUGAACGCGAUGUAGAGAAUGCUUACCGUCAACGGGAGAAACGAUUCGAGCAUAGAGAAAUUGGUAAAUUGCGUGAUUAUGAGCGAGACUUAAAACGUGAACGCGAUGAAGAAGAACGAGAGAUGAAGGACAAGGAGUAUUGGUUGGAACGUUUGGCUCAUUGGGACGAUCUUGUUGAAGCAGAAAAGGGCGAAGAAAUUUAUUACACUGACAGGUCGCGCUGGAGAAAGAUGAGAGAAAGUGUACGUAGACGUGAAGGAGAACGCGACGAGGAAGAUAAACGUCGUGAAAUUCACGAGAUUGAAGAGGAAAAGAUUCGUUUGGAAGAAGAAGAGCGUCAAAAGAAGGAGAGUAAGUUCUUGAACAGAGAAGCAGAUGAUGGAAAGAUUGCAUUGAAGCCACGAAAGUUGAACUUUAAUUUGCCCAUCAAACGUAACACAUUGGGUGGAGGAGAUGAAGAUGAUGAAGAGGAAGCCAAAAAGAAACGUCGUGUGCUUGUGCCCUUGGAUUAUGGCGACAUUGAUAAUGUCAAGACAAACUAUGACGAAGAAGAAGAAGAAGAUUUAUCGGCCGAAGAAAGAGCAAAAAAAGUGAAGGAGUUAAUCACAUCUAUACCUAGUUCUCAAACGGAUUUAUGGGCUUAUCCUGUUAAAUGGGAUGAACUGGAUCAAGACUUGAUUGAUACAAAAUUGCACCCCUUUGUAUCCAAAAAGAUUGUUGAAUUGUUGGGCAUGGAAGAAGAUGACUUGGUCAAUUUCGUACUUGAUUUUAUCAAGAAGAGAAAGGGUCCUGAUGAACUUGUUACGGAAUUAGAAGGCGCUUUGGAUGAAGAUGCUUUGGUAUUUGUUAUGAAGUUCUGGCGAGCUCUCAUCUUUGAGACAGAAAGAAAAGCUAAAAAAUUGUAAAAGGGAAUAAUAAAAAAAAAAAAAGAAAAAGAUAUAUAUUACAUUAAAAAAAAAAUAGUGUGUUUGAGGAAGGGUAUGGAUAGCAGAGGGGAAGGGUUUAAAUCUAUGAUUUAUGCCUGUGGUACUAAUAUGGAGGUAAGAUCGGGUCUUAUGGUAAGCUCUACAAGGAAAAGAAAGAUAUUAAUAAAUGGCACUGAUAAAAAAAUAUUAUAUCUUACCGUGUUUUGUAAAGUUGAAUAGU